AUGUCCCAGCCGUCGCAGUGCCCCUACUGCCGCUCGUCGGGGCCGGCGCGGUGCGCCACGACGCAGCCGCCGCUCUCGCGCGCCGUCUCCGAGUGCUCCUCCUGCGCCCGCCUCGUCCUCGAGCGCCACCUCCACACCCACCCCUUCUUCCCCCUCCUCCCCUCCAUCCACCCGCUCCCCCUCGUCACCCCCGACCUCGCCGCCUCCGCCUCCCCGCCCCCCAACGACCACGACGACGACCCCUUCCUCCCCGCCGGCUUCGUGUCCGCCUUCUCCGCCUUCUCCCUCGAGCGCCACCCCGUCCUCGCCCGCUCCGCCUCCGCCUUCUCCGGCCAGCUCGCCGAGCUCGAGCGCGCGCUCGCCGUCGACUCCCCCGCCUCCUCCACCCCGGACCCCGCCGGGCCCAUGGUCUCCGUCGACAGCCUCCGCGCCUACCUCCAGAUCGUCGACGUCGCCUCCAUACUCAGGCUCCACCGGGACAUCGCAGACCACGCCUUCGACCUCUUCAAGGAGUGCUCCACCGCCACCUGCCUCAGGAACCGUAGCGUCGAGGCGCUCGCCACCGCCGCGCUCGUCCAGGCCAUCCGCGAGGCGCAGGAGCCCAGGACACUGCAGGAAAUCUCUACUGCUAGCAAUCUUCCUCAGAAAGAAAUAGGAAAAUACAUCAAGAUACUUGGUGAAUCUUUGAAACUGAGGCAACCUCUUAACAGCAAUUCAAUAGCAGUUCACAUGCCUCGGUUUUGUAACCUGCUCCAGCUCAAUAAAUCAGCUCAGGAACUUGCAGCCCACAUUGGUGAGGUAGUUGUCAACAAAUGCUUCUGCACACGGCGGAACCCCAUAAGCAUAUCUGCUGCUGCUAUCUACCUUGCAUGUCAGCUCGAAGACAAGCGCAAGACUCAAGCAGAGAUCUGUAAGGUAACAGGCCUUACAGAGGUCACUCUUCGUAAAGUGUAUAAAGAACUCCUGGAGAACUGGGAUGAUCUGCUACCGCCAAACUACACACCAGCCACGCCACCAGAGAAAGCUUUCCCCAUGACAAACAUAUACUCAGCACGCUCAUCGAGUGGAAAAGAUCUUUAUCAGGAUAAGCUGCUGGAUAGUAUCAAGCAAAAAAGCUGUGAAGCCGCAGAGCCUGAUCACAUGGUAAUUGUAAAAGAUGAGGAAGACAGGAAAGCCGGCCUACUUGGUCAACCUCCUUCGAUACUCGAGGCCCAUGACCUGAACCAGGCAUGCUGGCAGCAGAAUGUUCCGUUUUCAGCAUCUUCAAAAUCGGACCGCGACAAUACGGAGACAAGCGUUCGUGGGUUUAACCUUAACGAGGAGUCAUGUCCAAUGGAUUCUGACAAGGCAGAUGUAACAAUGAAGCCACACAUUGCUGAUGGGUGGGCAACUGAACCGAAGGUGCUUCCAUCUCCUCCCAGUAGGCAGCCUGUACCAUGGCAGCUUAAGCAACCGGCACCAGCAACUAGUUCAUCGUAUCCUAGGAAUCGUGAGAUGCAGCUGGGCUUUAGCAUGGACCUUCUGGCUGGACGUGGGAAAAGGAGUGCUGGGGAUAGUGGUGAUGGCCGUGAUAAAGAGGGCAAGUGAAGUUGCAGCUGUAAAUAUUUAUAAUGAAAUUAGAAGCUAUCGGAUCUGUAAAUAUAGAUGUUAUCUCUAGUUGAGAUCAACUUGACAAACAUGGUCUUUCCGAUGUAUCAUGUAGACGAUGUAGUAAUUUUUACUCCAUGCUGUAGCAUGUUACUUCCAAAUUAGUUAACUUGCUAGUAGUAUUUAA